CCGCCGUUGCCAAGGUUUCCGUGUACGCGCUGCCGGAGCGAGCGGCGCCGCGCGAGCCGCGUCGUACAGUAUUGCCAGACAUGGCGGCGGAUCUACAGCCCGAGUGGAUUUCGUGCCUCCCUUCUUCCUGGAGUUACGGGGUCACUCGGGAUGGACGCGUCUUCUUCGUCAACGAGGAAGCCAAGAGCACGACCUGGCUGCAUCCAGUGAGCGGCGAGGCGGUGAUCACCGGCCACAGGAAAACCCCAGACUUACCCACUGGAUGGGAAGAAGGAUUUACCUUUGAGGGGGCACGUUGCUUUAUCAAUCAUAAUGAGCGGAAGGUGAGCUGCAAGCAUCCUGUCUCCGGCUUGCCCUCACAAGACAACUGCAUCUUUGUCGUCAACGAACAAUCUGCCUCCAAAGUGCCAGCGAAUGAGAAGAAGGAACGAGCGCCAAACAUCAUGAGUGAGGCCUCCAAUUACACAGGCGGUUCGGACUACGCCGCAAACCCCAGUAGCCCAGCAGGAAGACCCUCAAGGCCUUCGAAAAAAAUUCACAAUUUUGGGAAGAGAUCCAACUCUAUCAGGAGGAAUCCCAGUGCGCCAGUAAUGAAGAGAAACUGGCUUUAUAAACAGGACAGUACAGGGAUGAAGCUGUGGAAGAAGCGGUGGUUUGUGCUGUCGGACCUGUGCCUCUUCUACUACAGAGAUGAAAAAGAGGAGGGGAUACUCGGCAGCAUCCUCCUGCCAAGCUUUCAUGUAUCUAUGCUGUCUGUGGAUGAUCAUAUCAACAGAAAAUAUGCCUUCAAGGCAACACACCCCAACAUGCGGACAUACUAUUUUUGCACAGACACCGCCAAGGAAAUGGAGUCCUGGAUGAAAGUAAUGACAGAUGCUGCUCUUGUGCAGCAUCUGUCGGAGCCAGUCAAAAGGUUGGACCAACUAAAAGUGGAGCAGUGCGGACCGCAAGAGAUCAACCACGUGGCCAACCACAGGCCACCACUCACACAGCCCGAAAUCCAGAACAAUGAACGCAACCGCGAGGUCGACCUCGAGCACACUGCGACAGUCGCCUCCAUCGCGGCAGAAGAAGACAGGAAGCAGCGAGAUGCCGAGCGCUACGGCUUCCAGAAGGACGGGGCAGAGCGUGAACGUCCGCUCACCAAGAUCAACAGCAUCAAACUGCAGCCCGCCCAGGCAGCAGCCCUCAUGGCUAACAUCGCAUCGCCGCAAACUCCGACUGAGAUGGACGGGCCGCACCGUAGCCCCCAGGUUAACGGGUCUGGUGAGCAGUGUCAAGCUGACGGAACCAGAGACCCUCCUCAGCAAAGCCCCACCCACGAGCCGGAACGCACCCUGAGUAGGACCAGCUCAAUGCAGCAGCUGGAGCAGUGGGUUCGCACGCAAAGAGGACGUAACCAGGACGACGACACCAGGAGCAUCACGUCGUACCAGACGCUGCCUAGAAACAUGCCAAGCCACCGGGUGCCCUACAUGCCUCAUUAUGGAGAUGGCUACCGCAGUAUGCCCAGGAACAGCAUGGCACAGCGGGACAGCAUCUGCAGCAUGUCGCCGUCACUGUACGACCAGGUCCUGGGUCCCUUGCCGGCGGACAAGCGCCGCUCCAUGCGCGAUGACACCAUGUGGCAGUUGUACGAGUGGCAGCAAAGGCAGGCAUACUGCCGGCCACCAGGGCUCUACAGCAACAUGGCCAGUCCCAAAACCAUGAUCAACCUGUCGGAUCAUGCCGCACCGAGCCACUCCAUCCCCCCCUCGCCCUCCCACGGCUCGCUGUCCAUGUACGGUGGCUACUCACCGAUGCGAUCCUACAACAUGAACAGUGCUCAUCCCGAGGUUUCCUCCCCCAUCUACAGAAGAGACAUGAGCAUUGACAGAAGGCAACGGCCUCAAGUCAACAAGCAGUAUGCCUACCCACCUGACCGGAGGUCAAUGCCUGCAGGGAUCCCAGUCCAGACAAUCACUGCCCAGUCUCUCCAAGGCAAAACACCCGAGGAACUGACUCUGCUGCUGAUAAAGCUGCGGCGGCAGCAGGCAGAACUAAACAGUAUCCGGGAGCACACUGUAGCACAGCUUAUGCAACUAAACAUGGAUGGCGACAACCCAAAGAAUGACAUACUCGCUCAUCACCUCCAAAGGAACCUCAUGUUUUUGGACAAUCAGUUGAGUCCAGAAGACUACAGAGAACACUCCUACACAUGUGUACCAGCAGAGGUGGACAUAGAUACCAAACUGAGCAGGUUGUGUGAGCAGGAUAAAGUGGUGUGGACACAGGAGGACAAACUUCAGCAGCUGUACAGAGAGAAGCAUACACUUGAGACAGCGCUGCUGUCAGCCAGCCAGGAGAUCGAGAUGGGCGCCGAUAACCCAGCUGCCAUGCAGAGCGUCAUCCAGCAGAGAGACUUACUGCAGAGCGGCCUACUCAGCACCUGCAGAGAGCUGUCCAGAGUCACUUCUGAGUUGGAGCGGUCGUGGAGGGAGUAUGAAAAGCUGGAAGGUGAUGUGACUCUGGCUAAGAACAACCUGCUGGAGCAGUUAGAAGCGCUGGGAAGCCCUCAGACGGAGCCUCCCAGCCAGCAGCACGUCCACAUCCAGAAAGAGCUGUGGAGGAUUCAAGAUGUGACGGAGGCCCUCAAUAAACACAAAGCUCAGAGAGAUGCUAUGGAUGGGAUGGGCUUCUAUGGACCUAAGGCCAACUUCAGUAACCACAAAAGCGAGGAGGAGGACUCGGUACCCCCACGGCCACCCCUACCCCAGUCCUACGAGCCCAACCCCCCCACUGUGCCCCCUCUGCCCUCUCAUGCUGGUGUGCGCCCUUCAUCACUCCACAGGGCGGAAGACAGGAAAGCCAAUCACAGGAAUGGCACGCACAGUGGUCAAGACUACAGGCUGUAUAAAAGUGAACCAGAGCUCACCACAGUAGCUGAGGUGGAUGAGAGCAAUGGAGAAGACCGAUCUGAACAUCCGUCUGAUAAAGAACAUUCUGGAAAAGGAAUGUCCUACCCGGUCGGCAUCGUCCCGCCCAGAACCAGAUCUCCUGUGCCCGAGUCUUCCUCCAUAGCUUCAUAUGUCACGUUAAGGAAGAGUAAGAAGCCAGACCCCAGGACGGUGAGUCCCAGGACUUCAGUCUUCACUGCUCUGCAGGAGCGUCCACACAGCGCCGUGGAGCAGCAGCUGUGUGCUGCAGAGAGUGGCCGGCCCAGGAUGAGUGUGGAGGAGCAGCUGGAGAGGAUCCGCCGCCACCAGCAGGGUGCCCUGAGGGAGAAGAAGAAAGGCCACAACAUCCGGGGUGGCAGCCAGGAGAACACACCCUCUCGCAGUCACUCAUUUACUAAAGAAUCCCGCAGCAAGCAGUCCCAGAUGAGACGCAGAGAGGAGGUGAUGAGCUUCGACUUUCAGGAGCUGGAGGCGUCUCUCAGGCAGCAAGACGUGGUCAGGCAGCAGGAGACGCCCGCCGAGGAGAUUGCACGUCUCAAAGAAGCCUCGCAUGCUGACCACUUCAAUGUGGACCGAGAGCUUUCUGUGCCUGACAAAGUGCUGAUUCCUGAACGUUACAUAGAGUCGGAUCCUGAGGAGGCUCUGAGCCCGGAGCAGGAGGCUGAUAAGCAGAAGAAAGUCGACCGCAUCAAAGCCCUCAUAGCAAAAAACAGUAUGCAAAAUGCAUUGCCGAGCAUGGCUCUAAGCCCAGAGGAGGAGACUGAAGAGGAGGGUACCGUACAGGAGAAGGAGAAGAUGAUUAAUAUCUCCUAUGAACUGGCAGCUGAGGCCUCCAAACGCAGCAAGCUGGUAGCAGUGAAAAGCCUGUCAUCCUCCCCCCCACCCAUACCACAGUCUCCUAACACACCCCCUCAGCUCGCUGACGGGUCUCACUUCAUGUGUGUGUAGUAGCACCACACAGGCUCUGGCCUCAGUAAAAACCUACACAUGAAGGAAACUACCGUGGAAGUAUAACGAUGCCCCUGAAAAUGUACCCAAGGACAUCAGCACAGGGCCCCGGCCCACAGAGAGUGAAGCUGUCCUCUGGGGUCUUAGCCUUUUGACUUCUUUAUGCUCACUGUGACGUCUUAAGCUCCUGUGCCACCAACUACACUUUCUCUCCGACAUUUCUCUGCAAUUUGCUUUCACACCACUUUGAUCCAGUUUUUGUUACAGUUUCCCCCCUUCAGUUUUUUUUUUACAAGGCUUUUAAGUUUAAUUUUAUUAUUUAUAUAGUUUUUUUAGGUCCUUGUUUGGAUAUGGGCGGAUGUCUGUGUGUGUAUAUAUGAGGCUAAUAGACUGAGCUUUGUUUUUGUGCCUGUGGCCAAACGUUUUUGGCCAUGCCACAUUUUUCACCCAAAUAGCUUACAAGAACAUGUUUUUUGAUUAUUUUAGUUCUUGUAUAAAUCACUCAAUUUGUUUUUCAGACAUUGGUCCCCAGCCAACCAUUCAUAUUUAUCCAUUUAUUGUAAAGAACAUUUGCUGACGCGACAUGAGUAUAUAAGAUAUUAUUGUGGAUCCCGCCAUUACAAUGAAAGGUGGAGCCACUUUAUUGCUGCAGACUAAGAUUAUUUGUAAUUUUUCUUGUUUCUGGGUUGUAAUUAUUUAAAAAUGGGAUGUUCUGCAAUCCUCUCGCAUUGUUGCCGACACUUAUGUGAAUGUUCUGGCUUAAGUCAUUCUAUACUGUCUUUUAUUUUAAUUGCUGAGUGAUAUUUAAACUGAGAAGAGGAAAAAAAUCUGAUUUUGCUUCUAUUUUAUAUGUUGGUUUGAAAGAAAAAAAGAUUAGCACAUGUAAAAAGCAAUAAAAUAUGUUUGUGGAUCCAGGAUUAUUUUUUGUGUGUACAAAGUGUAAUUAUUAAAGGUUUACUGUGUAUAUAAUGUACAUGGUACAGCAGGAUGGGACGAUGUAUCCAACUAACGGUUACAUACUAUAUUUGAUUUGAAAAUGUUCAUAUCCCAUCUGUUUUAUAUCAUGUUAAAUAAAUGUUGCCAUUUUUAA